UAUAUGCCUGUUUGGCACGUAAUCAAUUUGGAUCAAUUAUAUCGCGUGAUGUACAUGUACGAGCCGUUGUACCACAAGCUUAUACGGUUAACGUCAUGGAUGAGGCAGUUUUACGUGGCAAUAGUGCCAUCCUUAAAUGUCAUAUACCCAGUUUUGUAGCAGAUUUCAUAUCAGUUGCAUCGUGGGUUGAUGAUGAGGAAAAUGAAAUUUACGCCACUAAUGAAAAUGGACAUUUUCAAAGCGAUGGUAAAUAUUUAGUAUUGCCUUCUGGAGAAUUGCACAUUCGCGAAGUAGGACCUGAGGAUGGAUAUAAAAGCUAUCAAUGUCGUACAAAACAUCGUUUAACUGGAGAAACAAGAUUGAGUGCUACUAAAGGACGUCUCGUUAUUACAGAACCUGUUGGUAGUGUGGGUCCAAAAAUAAGUGUGGGAGAACGUUUACGAGAUGCAGGUGCAAGACUAGGCGCUACAUUUACACUAUUUUGUCCAGCACAGUCAUUUCCGGUGCCCAGUUUCAGAUGGUAUAAAUUUAUUGAAGGUACUACACGGAAACAAGCUGUUGUACUGAACGAUCGCGUUAAACAAGUCUCAGGCACAUUGAUCAUCAAGGAUGCUGUAGUCGACGAUUCUGGUAAAUAUUUAUGUGUGGUCAACAAUUCCGUUGGUGGCGAAAGCGUUGAAACCGUACUCACCGUUACUGCACCUCUAUCCGCAAAAAUUGAUCCACCAACACAAACUGUUGACUUUGGUCGUCCUGCUGUAUUUACCUGCCAUUAUACCGGCAAUCCAAUUAAGACUAUCAGUUGGAUGAAAGAUGGUAAAUCAAUUGGACAUAGCGAUCCUGUCUUACGUAUAGAAUCAGUCAAGAAGGAAGAUAAAGGCAUGUACCAAUGCUUUGUUCGCAACGAUCAGGAAUCUGCUGAAGCCAGUGCUGAAUUGAAAUUAGGUGGUCGCUUUGAUCCACCAGUCAUACGUCAAGCAUUUCAAGAAGAAACCAUGGAACCUGGCCCAAGUGUGUUCUUAAAAUGUGUUGCUGGCGGCAAUCCAACACCUGAAAUUUCAUGGGAACUCGAUGGUAAAAAAAUCGCAAAUAAUGAUCGCUACCAAGUUGGACAAUAUGUAACCGUAAAUGGCGAUGUUGUGUCAUAUCUGAACAUAACCUCCGUGCAUGCCAAUGAUGGUGGUUUAUAUAAAUGCAUAGCAAAAAGUAAAGUUGGUGUAGCGGAACACUCAGCAAAAUUAAACGUAUAUGGUUUACCGUAUAUCAGACAAAUGGAGAAGAAAGCUAUUGUAGCCGGUGAAACAUUAAUUGUCACAUGUCCAGUUGCAGGAUAUCCUAUUGAUUCAAUCGUUUGGGAACGUGAUAAUCGCGCUUUGCCCAUCAACCGUAAACAAAAAGUUUUUCCUAAUGGUACACUUAUUAUCGAAAAUGUUGAACGAAACUCUGAUCAAGCAACUUAUACUUGCGUUGCGAAAAAUGUCGAAGGAUACUCCGCCCGUGGAUCACUUGAAGUUCAAGUUAUGGUGCCACCAAAACUUGCGCCACUCCCAACAAACGCCGAUUCACCACUGUAUUUGGGUGAUUACUUUCAACUGUCAUGUGCAGUGGUGCAUGGUGAUGCGCCCUUUAAUAUAACCUGGUACUACAAUGAUGAACCGGCCAAUUUAGUUGAUGGCAUUACAAUAUUAAUGCAUAGCAAGCGCAGCAGUUCAUUGAAUAUUGAAAGUGUGCGCGGUGAACAUGCUGGCAAAUAUACUUGUAUGGGCGCAAACCAUGCGGGGUAUACGUUAGUUUCCACUAAUCUAACUAUAAAGGUACCACCAAGAUGGAUUUUGGAACCGACUGACAAAGCCUUCGCACAAGGAUCAGAUGCGAAAGUUGAAUGUAAGGCUGACGGUUUUCCAAAACCACAAGUGACAUGGAAGAAAGCAGUUGGUGAUAGCCCUGGAGAAUAUAAAGAUCUUAAGAAAAACGAUAAUAUACGUGUUGAAGAAGGCACUUUACACAUCGAUAAUAUACAAAAAACUAAUGAAGGUUACUAUUUAUGUGAAGCUAUCAAUGGUAUUGGAUCUGGUCUAUCAGCUGUUAUUAUGAUCAGUGUACAAGCACCACCAGAAUUUACUGAAAAACUGCGUAAUCAAACUGCACGCCGCGGCGAACCUGCUGUCUUGCAAUGUGAAGCUAAAGGCGAAAAACCUAUUGGCAUUUUAUGGAAUAUGAAUAAUAUGCGCUUGGACCCCAAGAACGAUAACCGUUAUACUAUACGCGAGGAAAUUCUUUCAACCGGUGUUAUGUCAAGUCUUUCAAUCAAACGCACUGAGCGUUCCGAUUCUGCUAUGUUUACUUGUGUUGCUACGAAUGCUUUCGGUUCCGACGAUGCUAACAUUAAUAUGAUUAUACAAGAAGUACCCGAAAUGCCAUAUGCCUUGAAAGUUUUAGAUAAAUCUGGACGAUCGGUACAAUUAAGCUGGGCACAACCCUAUGAUGGUAAUUCCCCACUGAUCCGUUAUAUCAUCGAAUUUAAACGCUCUCGUGCAUCUUGGGAUGAGAUCGAUCGUGUUAUGGUACCCGGACACACAACUGAAGCACAAGUACAAAAACUCAGUCCAGCUACCACAUAUAAUAUUCGAAUUGUCGCCGAAAAUGCAAUUGGUUCAUCUCAAUCAUCCGAAGCUGUAACAAUCAUCACUGCCGAAGAAGCACCUUCUGGAAAACCACAAAAUAUUAAAGUUGAACCAGUCAAUCAGACUACACUGCGUGUAACUUGGAAACCACCAGCGCGUACAGAAUGGAAUGGUGAAAUUUUGGGAUACUACGUGGGUUAUAAACUAUCAAAUACUAAUUCAUCUUUUGUUUUCGAAACUGUUAAUUUCUUAACUGAAGAGGGCAAAGAACAUAAUUUGGAACUCAGUAAUUUACGCGUUUAUACACAGUACUCGGUCGUUAUACAGGCGUUUAACAAAAUUGGUGCUGGUCCAAUGAGUGAUGAAGAGAAACAAUUUACUGCUGAAGGCACACCCAGUCAACCACCUAGCGACACUGCUUGCACAACUCUAACUUCACAGACAAUACGCGUUAGUUGGGUUAGUCCACCAUUGGAAUCUGCAAAUGGUGUUAUCAAGACAUACAAAGUUGUAUAUGCCCCCAGCGACGAGUGGUAUGAUGAAACCAAACGCCACUACAAAAAGACUGCUUCCUCUGAUACCGUUUUACAUGGAUUAAAGAAAUACACCAACUAUACAAUGCAAGUUUUAGCUACAACUGCUGGCGGAGAUGGUGUACGUAGCGCACCCAUACACUGCCAAACCGAACCUGAUGUACCUGAGGCCCCCACCGAUGUUAAAGCACUAGUAAUGGGUCAUGCUGCUAUUUUAGUUUCAUGGCGUCCACCAGCACAACCCAAUGGAAUUAUACAGCAAUAUACAGUCUAUUCGAAAGUUGAAGGAGCCGAUGGAGAAGCUAAGAGUCAAAAAAUACCACAUUAUCAAAUGAGUUUCGAAGCUACUGAACUAGAGAAGAAUAAACCUUAUGAAUUCUGGGUUACCGCUAGUACCAAUAUUGGCGAAGGUCAACCUUCAAAAAGUAUUGUUGCUAUGCCCAGUGAUCAAGUUCCAGCCAAGAUUGCCUCAUUCGAUGACACAUUCACAGCUACUUUUAAGGAAGAUGCAAAAAUGCCUUGUUUGGCUGUAGGUUCACCACAACCUGACAUCACAUGGAAAAUUAAGGGCAUCGAAUUCAGUGGCAACGAUCGUAUGCGCAUUUUAAAUGAUGGUUCGCUGUUGAUAAAAUCUGUUAAUCGUCAAGAUGCUGGUGAUUACAGUUGCCAUGCUGAAAACUCGAUCGCUAAGGACUCCAUAACACAUAAGUUAAUUGUUUUAGCGCCACCACAAUCACCUCAAGUUAGUCUCUCAGCCACAACAACUGAUUCGUUGACUGUUAAAUUGAAACCACAUGAAGGUGAUACUGCUCCACUUCAUGGAUAUACUCUGCACUAUAAACCAGAAUUCGGAGAAUGGGAAACUGCGGAGGUUUCUGUUGAUGCACAAAAGUUCUCUAUUGAUAGUCUACUGUGUGGGUCACGUUAUCAGGUGUAUGCAACUGGUUUCAAUAAUAUUGGUGCUGGUGAAGCUUCUGAUAUUUUAAAUACACGGACCAAAGGAUACAAGCCAAAAUUACCAGAAAAAUCACGUUUCAUUGAAGUUUCCUCUAACUCGGUUUCAUUGCACUUUAAAGCAUGGAAAGAUGGUGGCUGCCCAAUGUCGCACUUCGUGGUAGAAAACAAAAAACGUGACCAAAUUGAAUGGAAUCAAAUAUCAAAUAAUGUUAAGCCUGAUAACAAUUAUGUUGUCUUGGACUUGGAACCUGCAACCUGGUAUAAUCUACGCAUCACAGCGCAUAACUCAGCUGGUUUCACCGUUGCUGAGUAUGAUUUUGCUACAUUAACUGUAACUGGAGGCACAAUAGCGCCAUUGGAUGACGGUCAAAGUUCUGGAAAUAUACACACACGCAUACGUUUGCCAGCAUGGAUGCCAGAAUGGUUAGAUUUGAAUUUUAUGGUGCCAUUGAUCGCUACUGUAAUUGUUGUUGCGGUGGGUAUACUUGUUGUAUGUGUAGCGCUCUCCAGACGUCGUGCGGAUGAUUUACGCGGUGGACAAAAGGAUGUAUAUUACGAUGUAGUUUACAAUCAGACAAUGGGACCCGGCGCCACCCUGGACAAACGUCGACCUGAUCUACGAGACGAGUUGGGCUAUAUUGCACCACCAAACCGCAAACUGCCACCAGUUCCUGGCUCCAACUACAACACCUGCGACCGGAUUAAGCGAGGCCGUGGUUUGCGUUCAAAUCAUUCCACUUGGGAUCCUCGUCGACCAAAUUUAUACGAAGAAUUGAAACCACCACCGGUGCCAUUACAUGGCAAUGUUUAUGGUCAUGGUCAUGGCACUGCUGAAUGCCAUUACCGGCAUCCAGGCAUGGAAGAUGAAAUUUGUCCUUAUGCUACUUUCCACUUACUUGGAUUCCGUGAAGAAAUGGACCCUACUAAAGCAAUGAACUUCCAAACAUUCCCACAUCAAAAUGGACAUGCACCAGGACCCGGACAUGCUGGCACUAUGGGACCACCAGGACAUCCCGGACACAUGCACUCUCGUUCAGGUUCACAAUCAAUGCCACGAGCCAAUCGUUAUGCACGUAAAAACAGUCAGGGUGGUCAAUCAUCAAUUUAUACACCAGCACCGGAAUAUGAUGAUCCAGCUAAUUGCGCGGAAGAAGAUCAAUACCGUCGAUACACACGUGUUAACUCACAAGGUGGCAGUUUAUACUCUGGCCCUGGACCUGAAUAUGACGAUCCAGCUAAUUGCGCACCUGAAGAAGAUCAAUAUGGCUCACAAUAUGGUGGUCCUUAUGGCACACCUUAUGAUCAUUAUGGCUCACGUGGUUCUAUGGGACGACGUAGUGUUGGUUCUGCACGUAAUCCAGGAAAUGGUUCACCAGAACCUCCACCACCACCACCACGUAAUCACGAUAUGAGUAAUUCCUCUUUCAACGAUUCCAAAGAGAGCAACGAGAUCUCAGAAGCUGAGUGUGACCGUGAUCACGGACCACGCGGCAAUUAUGGCGCUGUCAAACGAUCCCCACACCAAAAGGAUCAACGCACAACUGAAGAAAUGCGCAAAUUAAUUGAAAGAAACGAAGCCGGUCCAAAACAACUCCAACAACAAAGUGGCGCAGGAUUCACAGCCUACGAUACUAUGGCAGUGUAAUUUGUAAAAAACUCAUAAAGCAAACAGUCAACCAAUAAAUAAUAAUAGAGAGAACACUAGUAAAGAGCAACAAAAUACAAUAUACAACACAAGAUGGCGGUGUGCGAAAGAGAUAAGAUUAUAAAUAUUAAUCGAACAAGCUAAUAUAUUAAUAUUAUAAUUAAAUUUAUAA